AUGGACGACCAACUGCUUCCCAUCUCAGCGCCCGCGUCGGCUCUACGGCGUUGGCGGGAGCGUCUCAUCGCAUCGAACGUGUACAUGCGCUAUGACUAUGCCUGGAAAGAAGGCGAGUUCCAGGAAGCCGAAAAUCGUCUCACGGGUGUUGGCUGUCGCCUCCUGUACCUACACGCGUCGUGGACCGAGGCGUAUCGUUGCCGCGUAUCAUCCGCUGAUGCUGUCGUGCUUCAACGCAAGACGUUCAUCGAGGCCAAUGGAUUUCCAGAGUUUCGAGAGAGACUGUGCAGAGCAUGCGAGCUGAUGGGCUACGAGACAGUGGCUGACCCAUUGGUGGCAGACUUGAUCUUUGUGUUUGUGGCUCCGCCGGGCGAGCAACGGAUUGAAGCGAGCCAAUUUGGGACGUUCCAGAACGUCGUUGAGCACUCGCAGACGGUGGAACCGAAUGGCAAACCCAUGUUCUGCUUUCUGCUGGGCGACGCCGCCUUUCUUCCACUGCCCAAGACAGAGGAGGACGAGAGUGCACGCAGCCUUAGUGAUUUUGCGAUCUCGCAGGAGUUUGCUCCGAUUGCCCGUGCUGCGGAUUACGGAUCGGUGGCACACUUUGCGGUCGAGUUUGUGCCUAAGAGUGCAGAGAGCUUGAGUGACGAUUAUAAGGAAAGAAAGACGCUCAAGCUGGACUCGUUGAUGGGCAGGUUUGGGUGUGUGGGUCAAAACCUCAUGCAUCACGCCGAGAAGUGGGAGUUUUACGCUCCUUGCAGCAGCGUGUUUUGCCACGAAGAAGAUGAUGUGGAAGGAGUGACGCAUCCGAGCGAGGAAGACAUGCUGUUCUGGUUUCGAGAGGCCAAGGGCAAGACUUGUGACCAAUGUCAUACGCGCUGCGACAAGUUGUCUCGUUGUGCAAGAUGCCGUGAUGCAGAGUACUGCUCCCGGGGUUGUCAGCAAGCGGCGUGGAAUCUGCACAAACGGGUGUGUGGUAAAACGCCCGAGCAGAUCAGUGCAAAGUAG